UAGCUCAAAGUGGCAGUGCACAGGAUACGUGGAAAUUGAACAAUGACUCAGCUGUAUUCUUGCAUCCGGUCAUUGGGAGCCUGUCUGUUCAUCAUUUUUCAUGUUCAAGGGCAGAAUCUAGACAGUAUGCUCCAUGGCACUGGUAUGAAAUCAGACUUGGAUCAGAAGAAGCAAGAAAAUGGAGUGACUUUAGCACCAGAGGAUACCUUGCCUUUCUUAAAGUGCUAUUGCUCAGGACACUGCCCAGAUGAUGCUAUCAAUAACACAUGCAUAACUAAUGGGCAUUGUUUUGCCAUCAUAGAAGAAGAUGAUCAGGGAGAAACAACGUUAACUUCUGGCUGUAUGAAGUAUGAAGGCUCUGAUUUUCAAUGCAAGGAUUCACCAAAAGCCCAGCUACGCAGGACAAUAGAAUGUUGUCGGACCAAUUUGUGCAACCAAUAUUUGCAGCCUACACUGCCCCCUGUCAUUAUAGGUCCGUUUUUUGAUGGCAGCGUUCGGUGGCUGGCUGUGCUCGUCUCCAUGGCUGUCUGCAUAAUUGCUAUGGUCAUCUUCUCCAGCUGCUUUUGCUACAAACAUUACUGUAAGAGCAUUUCAAGCAGAGGUCGUUACAACCGUGAUUUGGAACAGGACGAAGCAUUUAUUCCAGUAGGAGAAUCAUUGAAAGACCUGAUUGACCAGUCACAGAGCUCUGGCAGUGGAUCUGGACUACCUUUAUUGGUUCAGCGAACUAUUGCCAAGCAGAUUCAGAUGGUUCGGCAGGUUGGUAAAGGCCGGUAUGGAGAAGUAUGGAUGGGUAAAUGGCGUGGUGAAAAAGUGGCUGUCAAAGUGUUUUUUACCACUGAAGAAGCUAGCUGGUUUAGAGAGACAGAAAUCUACCAGACGGUGUUAAUGCGUCAUGAAAAUAUACUUGGUUUUAUAGCUGCAGACAUUAAAGGCACUGGUUCCUGGACUCAGCUGUAUUUGAUUACUGAUUACCAUGAAAAUGGAUCUCUCUAUGACUUCCUGAAAUGUGCCACACUAGACACCAGAGCCCUGCUCAAGUUAGCUUAUUCUGCUGCCUGUGGUCUGUGCCACCUCCACACAGAAAUUUAUGGUACCCAAGGAAAGCCUGCAAUUGCUCAUCGAGACCUGAAGAGCAAAAACAUCCUUAUUAAGAAAAAUGGAAGUUGCUGUAUUGCUGACCUGGGCCUGGCUGUUAAAUUCAACAGUGACACAAAUGAAGUGGACAUACCCCUGAAUACCAGGGUGGGCACCAAGCGCUACAUGGCUCCAGAAGUGCUGGAUGAAAGCCUGAAUAAAAACCAUUUCCAGCCCUACAUCAUGGCUGACAUUUAUAGCUUUGGCUUGAUCAUUUGGGAAAUGGCUCGUCGUUGUAUUACAGGAGGAAUAGUGGAGGAAUAUCAAUUACCAUAUUACAACAUGGUGCCCAGUGACCCAUCCUAUGAAGAUAUGCGGGAGGUUGUAUGUGUCAAGCGCUUGCGGCCAAUAGUGUCUAACCGCUGGAACAGUGACGAAUGUCUUCGUGCAGUUUUGAAGCUAAUGUCAGAAUGCUGGGCACAUAAUCCAGCCUCCAGACUGACAGCUUUGAGAAUCAAGAAGACCCUUGCAAAAAUGGUUGAAUCCCAGGACGUAAAGAUUUGACAGUUAAAUAACUGUGAGAGAGAAUUUAGACUGCAAGAACUUCCCCCAAGGACUGGGUGGGAUGAGCAUG